UGUACUAUGUAUAUUUGAUACAACUCCAGCGCUAGUGUGGAUUUGCACAUUUCAAGUUUUAAUUUACAAGGGAAGUUUAUACAUUUUCUACACUUUAAUGUUUAAAAGUUUAACAUUGAUCCAAAAGUUGUUGAGGACUGAAGUUUAACCUUUGAAGUUUCUUUGUGUUGACUAUUAUCAAGAGUAUCAAUGUACCAAUGUUUGAGAUAGGCAGAUGAACGUAUGGAGCAGAAAGAGAAGACGUCUCCCAUCUCGGGAUCCAGCAUGUUUGACCCGGCAAAGACGUCGCCCGUCCCAGGCUCAAACCUGUUUGACCCCACCACACUACUAGGGGCAUCUCCAUUUGCUGCGGGGAUGUCAGCACUGCCUUUUGCCCACUUGGCCCAUCUGCCUGGAGCAUUCUCGAUGCUUGGCCAUCCAGCAUUUCCUGUUUCAUCGCUGUUUGGUCGUCUUGGAGAUGGUAUUACAAGUCCGUUGGGUAUAUCAUCAUCCCUUGCAACCAGUCUCAGUCCAACAUCAGCAAAGUAUGGCAUGUUUGGGAGUUCACUUGGGUUUACGAGCAGUCCCACUUCCUCCUCUAAAACAACAACCUUGAGUAGCACAGCGGGAUCUAGUCACACAAGUACCUCAUCUAGGGGCCGUCGGAGUACAAACGGUGGGCGGGGUCGACCUCGUAAACUUGUGAAACAGCCUGCAAUACCGUUGUCCUUGGUCCAGUCUACAUCUAUACUCUCGCCUUCCAUGCUGGAGAAAUAUGCAAAAAAGAAGGAGAGUUCAACAAGUAAUGGAUUGGACAGCGAGGCACAUUCAGACAGGAGUUCCGUAUCAAGUCUUUUUGAUAUCAACUUCGACAAAGAUGCUGCUAAACCAAAGAAGUCGUCUCCUUCACCAAAGGCCGAGUCAAACAGAACCCCCUCCACCUCACCAAGCAGACGGUCACCAUCAAAGCCAGUAGCUUCAAGCAGUGCAGCCUCCACACCCCCACCAGAUAAAGUCCAUAUUGACAGCCUGAAGAAAAAGCUGAUUGCAGACCAGAUCAGACAUAGGAUGCAGACUAAGAAUUCUGGGACGUCUGAAACAGGAAGUAGCUCUCCACCUCCAUCAGGAAGAAAGAGGAGAGGGAGACCACCCAGGAUCUCACAGGAGAAUUAUAUGUCAGCACAGGAAUUAGGGGAGGAAGAGAAACGUCAAGAGAGAUUGAAACGUGAGCUAGAACUUGAGUUAAAACAACAAGAAAUAGCGCUGAAAAUGAUAAAAUCGGCUGGAAAUGAAAAGAUCAGUAAAGGGACUAAACUCAACUCUGUUCACGGUGAUAAAACUGUGGGAAAAACUGGUGUGAGACGCAGAAGUCCAAACAAGAUUGCUGACAAACUGAAAAUGAUGGCGGAACUUGCAGCCAAAAAUGGAGGGGAUGAUGCCCAGUCAGCAGACACUGGUGAAGAACAGGAGCCAGGUACCAGUAAAGAUGCAUCAGCUAGUGAUGAUGGGGACCAGAUGUCCAAGGUGAAGGACAUGUUUCACGAUACUAACAGUAAUGGUAGUUCAGCUCUGGAUUCUAAUGAUAUAGAGAAUGGAAGUUUGAGUGGGUCAGAAAUGGACAACACGGGUGACUCUGACAGUGAUGAUAAUGGGAAGAGGAAAGCUGACUCUGAUGGUGGGGAGAGACCGAUAAAGAGAAGACAUGUUGUGUUAGAUGAUGACAAGAUAAAGAUCCCUCUUAGUAAAGGCUGGAAACGACAGACAAAUAUACACUCAUAUGGACGACGCGGGAUAGUCGGAGAAGUAUGGUACUUUGCUCCAUGUGGAAGGAAGAUGAAAACAAUUCCAGAUGUAAUGAGGUAUAUUGAGCGUAACAAUGUGCAGGAUCUGGGACGUGACCUGUUCUCCUUCAACACCAAGGUCAAUGUAGGGGACUUCUAUGAGGCUAGAGUUGGUGGCGGUGAAAAUGGUUUUGUUAAGUUGUCAGAAUCGGAGAUAAAGGACCGUUUAUCUGUGACAGUGAGUCGACGCUUGAAGAAGAUCGAGAACCAGAAGAAACGAGAAAAGCUAAAGAUGCAGCAGAUAAUGGCAAGACAAAUGAUCGAAAAUAAAAUGAAGCAAAAACUGGAGCAGCAAGAGAUGGCGAGGAAGGUGGCAGAGAUGCAGUUUCAGAAGAGAUUAGAGAGGGAACAACAGAAAGAGCUUCUCAAACGAGCCAAACAAAUGAAAAUUUUAGAGAAGAAGAAACAGCGAGAACAGAUGCGGGUUUUGCGUGAGCGUGAGAGACAGCAACGUGAUGAGCAACUACGAAUGAAGCAGGAAAUGAGAGCGCACCAACUGCUUGAGAAAAGACGACAAAAACAGGAAGAUCAACAAAGAAAGAAAUAUAUUAAGGCCAUGAAACGAGUCGAGUGGAAUGGGAGACAACCUUGUGAGUUUUUGUCGAUGGCGGUGGCGCCGUCAAGUUCACCAUAUGGAAAUGAACGAGAGAUGAAGAGACAACAAGUGGCCAUGUUAAAAGAACAAAUGAGGUUGAGACAGGAGCAAGAACGACGGAGACAACAUAUGUUACUUCUCAAAGCACUGGAACAGAGGAAGAAACAGGAGGAACGGGAAAGACAGAGAGAAGAAAGAAUAGCUGAAAAGAGGAUGCAUAGAGAAAGAAAAAAUGAACAACGCAAAAUGGAGUUUGUGUUGGCACAAGAGCUAAAGAAACCAAGAGAGGAUAUGGAACUUAGAGACUUCAGGCCGAUGCCAGAGUUUUCAAGGAUUCCAGGAAACCACCUUGAUGGAGAGGCUUUUGCUGACUGUCUGAUGUCACUGGAGUUUCUGCACAACUUCUCUAAAGCUCUUGGGUUUGAUUCACAAACUCUUCCCACCCUCAAGAGUCUCCAGGAUGCUGUGUUGGCAAAGACUGAGGAAGACAGCGAGGAAUAUAUGUCACUUGUCACACAUCUUCUGAGACACGCCCUCGAUGAACCUGGUGUUCCAAAUCCAAAAGAGGCUGUGACAAAGUUAGGCCAGAAGAUAACAGAUAUAGAGAUAACAGAUGUGAUCCUGGCUGAGGUUUUACGUGUUUUUAUGGUCAUUAGAAAUGGAGGUGAAACUGAGCUGAGUGAAUAUUUGCGUAAUUACCCCCUGGAAGCAUGUUCUGUAAAUCAGAGGGCUGCAGUGGUAGCGUUCUUAUGUAAUGAGUUGAACUGUGGGAAGACAAUCACUACAGAGAUUGAAAAUCAUCUUGACCACAUGGCCGAUAUCCGCCGAGAUAAAUGGGUUAUUGAGGGAAAACUAAGAAGAUUGAGAAUCUUGAGGUCAAAAAAGUUCAACAAAGUUAUUGCCAAGCCAAACGGUGGUGAGGGAGAGGGUGAUGAUAGCAUCAUGACAUCAAUUAGUAAACAAAGUGACGAUGAAGAGGACAAGGAUGAGGGUAGCGGUAAUGAAGAAGAAAACUUUAAUGAAGGAGAAACGGAGGAAGAUGAUCCCACUACCCUUGAAGAAUGUGAGAAGCAAAUUGAGAAACUUCGUAAACAACAUGUGCAAUACAGGGAUAAAGUAUUCAAAGAGUCACAGCAUGUGCGUGGCAUAGAUCUAGGAAGAGAUCGGUAUAAACGUAAUUAUUGGGUACUGCCACAUGCAGGAGGUGUGUUCAUUGAGGGAAUGGAGUCAGGGGAGAUAAAAGAUCUUGUCAAGGUCAGAGUCAAGAAUGACAGGUCCGAGGCAAAGAAUCUAAAAAUAGAAGUGAUUGAUGAGCGAAGUGAGAAAAAAGGUUUUGCAUUUCUGGAAGAAAUUGAAGAAAAGAAAGCAGCGGGUAUAAGGAAACAUAAGUCUGAAAAUGGUUGUGAAAAUAAAAGUGUUCUUGUAAAUGGUGGUAAGGAAAUAAAGAAUGAAGUGAAAGAUAUUAGUGAAAUAAAGGAGGAAAAGCCUGAAAUAGUGAAGAGUGAGAAUACAGACAGUGUGAAGAGUGAAGAUACAAAAUUAGGGAAUGGUGUGAAGGCUGAACAGGAUACGAUCUCAAAAUCUGAAAUUGAAUCACCUAAACUUAAUGGACAUGUUGAUCAACUUGCUGUGUCUGAUACUCAUGUCAAAACUUGUGAAUCCUUAGAAAAGGUUGUGAAAAAUUCUGAUAUAAUACAGGACAGUCUAUGUAAUGGAGAUAUUAGAAGUUCUGACCAAAACUCACCUCAGUGCAUGUCUGUCUCAGGAAGUAACAAGACUGGUUCCAAUAAACUGUCAAAAAAUGAGACUGGUACCAGUAAAAACUCAUAUCACGAGACGGGUACAGGAAAUUCCUCAAGCAGUGAAAUUGAAACCAUUAAAUCCUCAAAUAAUGGGAUGAAUACAAGUAAAAUUCCAUCAAAACAUGUUGAAUUAAAGAUUCCAAGUGUAAAGUCUAGUGCAAUAGAAAAAGAAAAGUCCACAGAUGUGGAGAAUCAGUCUAACCUCUUUUUACAGAUUCCACAAUCUACCAAACUUAGUGACUUCUGCAGUAUGUCCAUAGAUGCUGCCAUUAAAAGCAAUUCUUCAAAAGAAACUGAUCAACAGCAGAACCCAUCAACCUCAUUAUCAUCCUCAUUGUUUUUGAAUACCUCAUUUCCUGACCAUGUGACCAAGUCAGCCAAUCAUCUUCCUUCAUUGUCGUCACCACCUCAGCCACCACCAGCUCAUUCAAAGACUAAUUUAUCUGAAAGAAAGCCAAGCUUCAUGAGUAUAGACUCUAUUCUAGAGAAGAAAACUGGAUCUAGUCAAAGUAACCAAUUUUAUCCAAACAGUGUUCUACCAGUUAACCCAUUUGUGACUCAGAAUCAGUCAGUACGAAGUGUUUCAGACAGCCAUACAGCAGACAGUAAACCAUGGUUUAGUUUAUUACCCAGAGUUCCCUGUGAUGAUAUGUCACUCACCAGGGGGCAGCACACAUCUAUCUCAUCAGGAAUAAUUCUGUCACCACCGUUUAUGUCUCAGCUGCCAUUCCAUCCAUUUUCAAUACAAAGCCCAUCAUUUUCAUCAUUCCAAAUGGGCCAGUUGUUUAAUACCUCAACGGACCAAGCUUUGACUGUGACCAGUUCUUCAACAACUGCAGUAACAACUGUAACACAGUCUAGUGACUCUUCGUUUAAGAAACCAGAGCCAGUCUCAUCUAGUCAGAAUCCUGAUCCAGAACAAGUCUUAAAAUCCCUCCAGGGUGAGGCCAAGCCAAUUCCUGAAGAAUACAAGAAAGGUUGGUGGAAGAUCAAUGAAGCAGAGCAGUUUAGUCAGCUACAGAAAUGUCUACAUCCACGUGGUAUACGAGAGAAGUCACUUCAGAAGACGAUACAGAAAUUCCAGGAUUACACACUAACAUCUUGUUCCAAAGCUAAAGAAGUUAUCUGUAUGGACUCUUCAUCCGAGGAGGAAGUUACAGAUGAUGAAGAGGAAGCAGAAGAUAAACCAGAAGAACAAGAAGAAAGUGAAAAUAAUGACAACCAAGAACAAAAAAUAGAGAAAAGUGAUGAAACUAGUGAAAAGAACUCUAUUGAAAAUACCACAGACACAAAUAAUGAACACAGUUGUGAUAAACAAACUGAAAAUUGUGAGAAAGAAAGUGAAAAAGAAAAUAACAGCGAAGAUCUGAGUAAUAAAAAGUGUGAUAAAACUAAAGGUAGGAAAAAAGGAAAGAACAAGAAGGAAAAACAAGUGAAGAAAAGAAGGAAGAAAAAGAAGGCAAUUCCAGUGAUAGAUUGUAAAGCAAAGUCAGAGGAGGCAGACAGAUUGAUACUGGAAGAGGUAGAGACAUUGGAAGAUAGAAUAGCAACUGCCAGUCUCCAAAUCAAGGGUUGGAAACUGGCACCAAAGACAUUUUCUGAGGAGUCAGAGGUUCGAAUCAUUCCACGAGGUGAGAUGAAGAAGGACGAGAAUGACUUGUAUCCGGUGGAAGCGGCCAAGGAACGUCUGCUGCAACUGGAAUCUAAUGUUGAACGCAGAUACCUCAAACCACCUCUGUCGAAAGCACAUAGAAUCAGUCUAAACAGUAUGUCAACCCCCAGCCAUACAGAAGCAACAGAUGAUCCGGACUCAGAGAUCGACUUUGAGAACCUGCCUGUUGGUCUACAGAUGUGGCGUAUUGCUGUCGCCACGGCAACAUCCCCAGCGCAGCUCAUGUUGUGUAUAAUACAGCUAAAUAAUUCACUGGCCUGGGAGAAAUCAAUCAUGAAAGUGCUAUGUCAGAUCUGCCGUAAAGACGACAAUGAGGCAGAACUGUUGCUAUGUGACGGUUGUGACCGUGGUUACCAUACUUACUGUUUUAAGCCCAAGUUGGAAACUAUUCCAGAUGGAGACUGGUAUUGUUUUGAAUGUGUAUCAAAGGCUUUGGGGGAAUCAUGCUGUUUGGUAUGUGGACGAAGGUUUGGCAAGAUGGCAGACUGUAAUAUGUGUAAUAGAAGUGUACAUAUAGACUGCCUCGACCCGCCUCUACCUAGGAUACCAAGGAAAUGGUUCUGUGCCUCUUGCGAUGACUGUACAAAGUCAUCUGCAAAGAAACGUGUAAGGAAGAACUCCACAGCCAGUGCCUCUGCUCCGUCCACGCCUGUCCCAGAUCUCACUCCCACAGGUCGUAAACGUAGAUCUGACUUUGGUGUUCCUCGGAAACGUAAAGCAUCAGAUGCUCAGUCUGAGAGUGACAGUCCACCGAAAAAGAAAGAGGACAGUCCAAGUGAGAAAUCUGCAAAUGUAGAGAAGCAGACGGACAAACUCAGUGAUAAGGAAAAGAUGAAAAUUGAGGAGCAGUCUACUGAUCUGAAAAUAUGCAGACUGCUUCACACAGAGAUGAUGAAACAUGAGGAUGGUUGGCCAUUCUUACAACCAGUCAGCUGUAAACACUUCCCUUCAUACAGGAAGUACAUCAAGUACCCAAUGGACUUUGGAACCAUGAAAAUAAAACUCAGGGACCAUAUCUAUCAAUCGCGUAGUGAAUUUGUGAAUGAUGCUAAACUUACUUUUGACAACUGUCAGUUGUUUAACGAGGAUGACUCAGAAGUAGGUCAGUGCGGGCACAACAUGCGUAAAUUCUUCAACCGUCGUUGGAAAGAACUUGUGCUGGAAUCCAUGUCUCAGUCAACGUAAUAACAGAUACAUUCAGUUUCCGUUCAUUUUGACACAAAAUGUUUUUAGCUCACCUGUCACAAAGUGACAAGGUGAGCUUUUGUGAUCGUGCGGUGUCCGUCCGUCCGUCAGUCCGUGCGUGCGUGCGUCCGUAAACUUUUGCUUGUGACCACUCUAGAGGUCACAUUUUUCAUGGGAUCUUUAUGAAAGUUGGUCAGAAUGUUUAUCUUGAUGAUAUCUAGGUCAAGUUCGAAACUGGGUCACGUGCCAUCAAAAACUAGGUCAGUAGGUCUAAAAAUAGAAAAACCUUGUGACCUCUCUAGAGGUCAUAUAUUUCAUAAGAUCUUCAUGAAAAUUGGUCAGAAUGUUCACCUUGAUGAUAUCUAGGUCAAGUUCGAAACUGGGUCACGUGCCAUCAAAAAGUAGGUCAGUAGGUCUAAAAAUAGAAAAACCUUGUGACCUCUCUAGAGGCCAUAUAUUUCACAAGAUCCUCAUGAAAAUUGGUCAGAACGUUCACCUUGAUGAUAUCUAGGUCAAGUUCUAAACUGGGUCACAUGCCUUCAAAAACUAGGUCAGUAGGUCAAAGAAUGGAAAAACAUUGUGACCUCUCUAGAGGCUAUAUCUUUCAUGGGAUCUGUAUGAAAGUUGGUCUGAAUGUUCAUCUUGAUGAUAUCUAGGUCAAGUUCGAAACUGGGUCAACUGCGGUCAAAAACUAGGUCAGUAGGUCUAAAAAUAGAAAAACCUUGUGACCUCUCUAGAGGCCAUAUAUUUCAUGAGAUCUUCAUGAAAAUUGGUCAGAAUGUUCACCUUGAUGAUAUCUAGGUCAAGUAUGAAAGUGGGUCAUGUGCCUUCAAAAAGCUAGGUCAGUAGGUCAAAUAAUAGAAAAACCUUGUGACCUCUCUAGAGGCCAUAUUUUUCAUGGGAUCUGUAUGAAAGUUGGUCUGAAUGUUCAUCUUGAUGAUAUCUAGGUCAAGUUCGAAAGUGGGUCACAUGCCAUCAAAAACCAGGUCAGUAGAUCAAAUAAUAGAAAAAUCUUGUGACCUCUCUAAAGGCCAUAUUUUUCAUGGGAUCUGUAUGAAAAUUGGUCUGAAUGUUCAUCUUGAUGAUAUCUAGGUCAGAUUCGAAACAGGGUCAUGUGCGGUCAAAAACUAGGUCAGUAGGUCUAAAAAAAGAAAAACCUUGUGACCUCUCUAGAGGCCAUACUUGUGAAUGGAUCUCCAUAAAAAUUGGUCAGAAUGUUCACCUUGAUGACAGCUAGGUCAAGUUUGAAACUGGGUCACGUGCCUUAAAAAACUAGGUCAGUAGAUGAAAUAAUAAAAAAACCUUGUGACCUCUCUAGAGGCCAUACUUUUCAUGGGAUCUGUAUGAAAGUUGGUCUGAGUGUUCAUCUUGAUGAUAUCUAGGUCUAGUUUGAAACUGGGUCAACUGCGAUGAAAAACUAGGUCAGUAGGUCUAAAAUUAUUAAAAUCUUUUGACCUCUCUAGAGGCCAUAUUUUUCAAUGGAUCUUCAUGAAAAUUGGUCAGAAUGUUCACCUUGAUGAUAUCUAGGUCAGUUUCGAAACUGGGUCACGUGCGAUCAAAAACUAGGCCAGUAGGUAUAAAAAUAGAAAAACCUUGUGACCUCUCUAGAGGCCAUAUUUUUCAUGUGAUCUUCAUGAAAAUUAGUGAGAAUGUUCACCUUGAUGAUAUCUAGGUAAAGUUCAAAACAGGGUCACAUACCUUCGAAAACUAAGUCAAUAGGUCAAAUAAUAGAAAAACCUUGUGACCUCUCUAGAGACCAUAUUUUUUAAUGGAUCUUCAUGAAAAUUGGUCAGAAUUUUUAUCUUGAUAAUAUCUAGGUCAAGUUCAAAACUGGGUCACAUGAGCUCAAAAACUAGGUCACUAUGUCAAAUAAUAGAAAAAACGACGUCAUACUCAAAACUGGGUCAUGUGGGAAGAGGUGAGCGAUUCAGGACCAUCAUGGUCCUCUUGUUUGAUAAUGGCACAAUGACUUUCUCUGUCUUUCUUAGCAUAAUGUACAAAACAUUCAUUUUACUGUAUUUAUUUAUGAUGAAAAAGGCGGCAUUGCUUUGACUUGCAUUAAGUACAUGUUGAUAUAAAGUGAAAAAUUACACAAACUAGUGCUCCUCAUAUAUCUAUGAACAUUACAGAGUAAAACUUCAGCAGUCUCUCACAUUUUUAGGAUCACUGGAUAUCCGUCUGUUGUUCACAAUUUCUUCAAAGAACAUCUCCUAAACCAUCAAGUCAGUUUCAACAAAACUCAGUAGGAAUGUGCCAUAGGUGGUCCCCUUUCAGAUUCCUUUAAAAUUAAGGUCAUCCGUGCAUAAUUCUAGUUCCCGUCAGAAAACACUAGCUCGAAUUCAUAAUCAUUUCAAAGCGAUGUUUCUUGGGUGAUCUACCAAAUUCCUUCAAGUCAUUCUGAUUUAUUUAAAAUCAUGGCUGCCAGGGUAGGAGUGAUGAACUAGUUUUCUCGAUACAGUUUUAUGAAAAACUUUAAAAACUUUUUUCUCCAAAACUGCAAGCCCGAUACAAUUUUAUGAAAAACUUUAAGAACUUUUUUCUUCAAAACUGCUAACCCGAUUUCAAUUUUUUUACAGCAAUGUUCGUAAGGUGACCAGCUGCCAUAUUUCUUCAAAUCAAAUCCCUGUAUGGCUAUAUGGGAAACAUAGAAGUGUUUUUUUUUUCUCUGGAACCACUGACUCAGUUUCAUUAUGAUUUCUCAGCAAUGUUCCUUACACGACUCUUUACAAGGUCCUUUGAUUUAUUAUGAUUCGUGAAAAAUCAUGACCACCAGGGGUUCAGGCUAGUUUUCUGUAUAUGGCUAUAUGGAAAACUUUGAAAAUUUUCUCAGAAACAACUGGCCCAGUAUCAAAAUAGUUUGACAGCAGUGUUCCACAGCACUUGUUCAAUCCAGACGUGAAACUUAGGUGGGCAAUUUAGAACCAUCAUGGCCGUCUUGAUGACAGCCUUCUUGUUAGUUUUCUUCAGUUAUACAGUAGUGUUAAAUGGAUAAUAUUCACGAUGGAGUUUAUUUUCUCUGAUUCCUACCGGUAUUCACAAUUUUUGUAUCAUGUGAAUUUUAAACCACCUGAACUUUGCUGAAUAUUAAAUUUAAAAACUUUAUCAGUUAUAAAUUGUGAAUUCUUCAAGAUGAUAAUGAGUCUGCUAAUAAAUCAUGAAAUAAAAUUAAAAGAAAUAACUUUUCUAUAUACAUAACUUAUACAUGUACUUAUUUGCUUUUUUACUUUUUGUCAAAUUACAUAUUAGUUAGUACUCGGUAUUUUAAACAGGUGAAUAUUUUGAUUCAUAAAUGGAAGCUUUUGUGGAACCUUUUGUUGAUAUAUGUAUGCUGUAAGGGCAUUUAAGUAUAAAACAGACCACCAGAUUAUGUUUUUCACUGUCAUUUUUUAGAAAUAUUUUAUAUGCCUAUUAUUUUUAAGUCUGUUACUGCUUGUAUAUUUUCUAAAAUGUUUUUUUUUUCUGUAAUAAUUUAAUAUGAUAAUGGUAUCUGGACCUGUUUUUGAACCAAAGACAUUUUUUAUUUUAAAGCAUUUUUCCUCAGCUGUUCUUAUUAUUUUGAUAUCACAUUUCACAGACGUUCUCAGGAAAUCAGUCUUUUUAUGGGUAAUUUUCAGUGUAUGUACAUUGUAUAAAAAAAAAGAAAAUAUAAGAAUAUAGCUUCGAAUGUACAGUUGAUUUUUAAAUGAGCCACACCAUGAGAAAACCAACAUAAUGCAUUUGCAGCCUGCAUAUCUACAGACCAGCCUGCACAUCUGCGCCAUCUGGUCAGGAUCCUAAUGCAGUAAGAGAAACCAUUAGGGAACAGUAUGGAACCUGGCCAGACUGUGUGGAUGCGCAUGCUGGUCUGGAUCCAUGCUGGUCGCAAAAGCACUAUGUCAGUUUUCUCAUGGCGCCGCUCAAAUUGCUUCAUAGCUUCAGAAUUAUGUUAAGCGUAGUAUAUAUAUAUAAGUGCAAUAAAAUUAACAUUUUCCUGAAAUACUAAAUAUUUGUAUCAUAAGUUGUAUUUCUGUCGUUAAAUUUGUUGUAUAAUUUGCAUUUAUAGACCCAGGGCUCUGUUACCAAUCACUUACAUUUAACACGUUAAUUCUCGAAUAUAAUUAGGUGAUUGAAUCUCGGUUAGCUUACAGAUUUGAAAAGUGUUGUCUCGUGUAUCAGAUGAAUAAGAAUGACUGAUAUGCGUGUCUUGCAUAUCUGGUUAAUAAGAAUGAAUAAUACAUGUAUAUUGUCUAGAAUCUUGUAGUAGAAUUUAAUUACUACCGUCGAACCAGUUUAAAUUUUUGAAACACUUGUAUUAAACGACAACAGCGGAUGAAAGCAAACAAAUAUGCUUGAGGAAAACCUCUAAAUUUUAAGUGCUGUUUGAAAAAAUAAUCUGGUAAAUCUGUCAUUAAAGACAGCCAUUUUAUAUGUAAGCAAAACGGAAGUUUUGUUAGUAACUUUUUGCUGUCACUAUUCUUAUAGUGUCUAUUAUCAUUUGUGUAUAGUUUCAGUGUUGUCUCAGUUUUUAUUUAUUGCUUUAAAUGUUACUGUUAAACCUAAAACAGCACAAAACACUGGUCAGAUAUUUUAUACAUCUUGCAGAUGAAAUUAACCUCAAUUUGUAAUAUUUACACACUGUGAUUAAAAUAUGUCUUGAAAGGAAAAACUUUGUUUUAUAUAUUUGUUUUAUUGCAUCAUGACAAGUUUUUAAUUUGAAGUGUCUGCCUCAGCCCAAAAUGGUGCAAAUUUAAUUUUUGUUGAAAACUGGCUGAAUUUUGUUCUUUUCUUUUCAUAAUUUUGAAAUUUGUCAAUUAUAUCGUUGAAAUGUGGCCAAAAGACUGUACAGUGUAUAUUCAUUAUAUUUAUCUUUGAGACUUAAAACGUUGAUUAAAAAGAAGGGAAAAUAAUGGUUAUUAAUAACGUUUAUACCAGUAAAUUAGUGCUUUAUCUAACAUUCCAGACUUCAUACUUAAUACAUCAGUUGGUGCAAUGUGCAUGCUUUGAUCUGCUGGAAAAUGAAAACUGUUAUUUUUUUGUUAUUUCUAUAAACAUAUUAUUGUAAGGAUGGAUUUACACAAAAUCUUGAGCAAACAUCUCUAAGCUAUUGCACAUUUCAUGAAUCAUUCUGAGAAGUUGAAAAUCAGUACAAAACUGAGAAACCACUCAAUUUUUGAAGCCCUGCCUGUUGGACAUAUGAUAAAACUAAGUAAUUACUGUUGAUUUAUGUGUUCUCUGUAUAUGAUUUUGAACAUUCUUCACUUGUUACGAAAAAUAAUUUUUUUAUUAUGCCCCCGAAGGUGGGCAUAUUAAAAUCGCACGGUCAGUGCAUGCGUCCGUGUAAAUUCUUGUCUGGGCUGUAACUCCUUCAUCCAUGAAGGGAUUUUGAAAUAACUUGGCAUAAAUGUUUACAAUAAUGAGACGAUGUGUCAUGCGCAAGACCCAAACCCUUAGCAUUUCCAAGGUCAAGGUCACACUUAGAAGUCAAAGGUUAACAGGGUCUGUUUUGUGUCCGGUCCAUAACUCUGCCAUUGAUGAAGGGAUUUUGAAAUAACUUGGCAUAAAUGUUAACCAUAAUGAGACGACGUGUCGUGCGCAAGACCCAGACCCCUAGCUACAAGGUCAAGGUCACACUUAGAAGUCAAAGGUGUUACUUGUCUGGUCUACAACUCUGCCUUUUAUCAAGGGAUUUGAAAAUAAUUUGACACAAGUGUCACGCUUAUGACCUGGGUCAAGGUCAUGAAAUGAUGUGUGAUUUUUUUUGCGCAGACAACUGUAGCAUUUUUGGACACACUUUGGGGGAAUUUGUCACAAAUAGUGACAGCUCUUAUUAUGACCGAAGGAUGUCGAAAACCACAUAGGAAGAAUAUGUAAUAGCACUGAAAUUGUCAUCAGGAGACCAUUACCUUAAAAAAGGAAUAUUAGAAUGCAGUCUCUCUCUAGGACAGCAUAGCCUUGCCAAAAAAAAAAAAAACACAACAAUGACCGUCUACCUUAUUGUAAUACAAUAUGUUGUAAUUUUAGCUGUGUAGUAUAGAAAAGUUAUGCUGCUUGUAUAAAAGCCUCUUAAGUUAUCCUUGUGUAAUGUUCCUAUUAUAAUCAGUUUGUAAUGUUGCUGUUAUAAUAGGUCUGUGUUACGUUGCCAUUAAUAAAUUAGGUCUGCGUAACGUUGCAGUUAAUAACAGGUUUGUGUAACUUUGCUGUUACAGUUGGUUUGUGCUUCAGAAAAAAAAAUUGUGUUCAUUUCCUAUUUCUGUAAGUCAACUUCCUAUGUAUUAUCCAAGAACAUGUUUUUCGUAUUAACCCUUAGCCUGCUGGCGGCAGAUGAUUCUGCCUUUGCGACCAGUGUAGACCAAGAUCAGCCUGCACAUCCGUUCUGAUCAUGGUCUGCACUGUUCGCUAUUCAGUCAGUAAAUUUUCAGUGAAAACCCCUUUGAAUACUAAGUGGUACUGUCCAAAUUGAAAGAUGGACCAGUCCAUUAUAGAAAUAUAGCAGGGUAAGGGUUAAGGAUCAUGUUUGUUAUAGUAAAUUAGCUUCAAAGUGAAACUAAAUAACAUGAUCUGAAAAACACCAGUUUGAAUAGAAAGAUCACAUUUGUUAGUUAAGUACUCUGCAACUUGAUAACAAGAUUGUUUAUUAAGUUAUUCUAAGACAGAAGUUGCGGCUGUAGGCAUUGAAAGUGUAGUAAGGACAUGCUGGUCCCUCAAGCCGUUACAUUUUUAACAUGGCAUAACCUUACGUGUCGUCUUGGCCGAGUCUGUAGAUUAAGCAUGUUUAUUCUAUACCUUUAGAAUAUUAAAUGUACACUGCAUUAGAUCUUUGUAUAAAUGUUGCAAGUGCUUCUCACAUUGAAACUAGUCAUUAAAUGUUUUAAUAAUAUUCUCUUUUUUUUUUUUUCUAAAUGCUGCUUUAUUUAGGGAUUAACAAAAUAACUAAGAAGAAAUUUUGUGAAAAACUUUGAUCCUUAGACAGUGUUUAGUAUUAUUUUUGUGUUACAUAUCCUUAGCACAAAUAAGUGAAUAGAUUCAAAGAUUUAUAAAUUAAAAGAGAUCUGAAACUCUGAAAGAAAAUAAGUCUCUCUUAAUAUCCAGUUAGUCGUUAUUUGACCUUUUGUGAAAAUAUUGCCUUUUUGAGUAUCAUUCCUAUUGCUUACAGGCAAAUUUUUACAACUGUUAGAAAACUGUAAACACUUCUAUCUCAUUUGCCAAAAAAACUUAGGCAUGUAUAUUAUUCGUACUAAAAUUGUUUGUUAUGCAGUCAGACAUGUAUUAACAGUCAGACUCCUUUAGUAAUAUUAUUAGUGGUCAGAAACUAAUACCGGUAGUAAUAUGUAUAUAAGUCAGACACACAUGCGAAGACAGGUAUUAGUGACUCAUACAUGUCAAGUUCCGUGGACAAUUUUCCAGGAGAAUUCAGUUGAAAAUCCAGGAGAUUUUAUUGACCAGCAUUUUUUGGGAAAUUUGACUGACUGGACAAUUUCUGUAAUUUUUACAUCAUUGUUAAAUGUAUAUUUAAUUAUACCAAAGCUCAACAACACUGUUUGCUGUAAAGUAAAGCUACAUACAUUUUCUAGGGAAUAAAAUUUAAAAAGCGUGUGCAAAUUCAUCCAAAGUUCAGAACGUUCUUUAUGAUUACCUCCCUUUCUGGAAUUGAGCAGAACUACUUAUUUUGAAACAGUGUAUAAUAUAUGUUUGACUGUGUUUUACUUUCACUUGAUGUUGUAAACGUAUAACUGGUACAAUACCCCACCGUUUUUAUGAAGAUACACUAUUUUUCACUGAAGUUUAUUGUCUGUUUUGAAUGUAUCCGAUUUUUGCAAUGUAUUAUUUUAUGAACUGUAAAAACACAUCAUUGUCAGAGUUUAUAACUGAUCAUAUUUGUUCAUUAUCAUUUUCAUAAUACAAAUUGUGGUGAACUGUACAUUGUAAAAAGCAAUAAAAAUCAAUUCUUA